AUGGGUGGGGUGUGUUCUUGUAGAGGUCGAGGAAUUCAGGCCAAUGCGGGCUCGAUUCUCGAUCGUGUAAUUAGCCAGGCCAGUGACGAGGAUCGGUGUUUACUCUAUAAGCUAGCCAAUUAUAAAAAGGGUGGAGAAUUGAUCGAGGCUUAUAAUCAAGGUGGGCAACAAGAAGUUGAAAAACUUAUUCAAGAUCAAUUUGGUAUUUUAACGUAUGAUAACGGUAAAGGGCAAGUUAUAAAUAGAGCAGAAUAUCUGCGAUGGAAAUUUCGUGAUCUAGAACAAGUUAUUUUACCAAUUGAGGCAUCAUUGUCGCAAUUUGAUCCCUUGGCCCAAUGGAAUGACCACGAAGCCUGUUGGCAGAUGCAGUACAGAGGUUCAUUGGGAGAAACACUGCUGCACGUAUUAAUAAUCUGUGAUACAAGAAUCCAUACCAGAAUUGCAAGGACACUGUUAAAAUGCUUUCCCCGAUUAGCAAUUGAUGUGGUAGAAGGUGAGGAGUAUUUGGGCGCUAGUGCAUUGCACUUAGCGAUCGCUUAUGCUAAUAAUGAGCUGGUUCAAGAUUUAGUGGAAGCUGGUGCUAUUAUAUCUCAAAGAGCCACAGGAAGUUUUUUUUUACCAAGAGAUCAGCAAUGUCCCCACCCAGCAAAGUACACUGAUUACGAGGGAUUGGCCUAUUUGGGCGAAUAUCCUUUAGCUUGGGCUGCUUGUUGUGCAAAUGAAAGUGUCUACAAUCUUUUAUUGGAUUUUGGAGCACAUCCAGAUGAACAGGAUACUUUUGGCAAUAUGAUUUUACACAUGGUGGUUGUUUGCGAUAAAUUGGAUAUGUUUGGGUAUGCUCUUCGUCACCCCAAACUACCAGCACGCAAUGGUAUUGCGAACGCUUCCGGCCUGACUCCUUUGACACUUGCUUGCCAGCUGGGCCGUGCUGAAGUCUUCCGCGAGAUGCUCGAGCUGUCGGCCCGGGAGUUUUGGCGAUAUAGUAAUAUCACCUGCUCAGCUUAUCCUCUCAACGCCCUUGACACACUGCUACCCGAUGGAAGGACAAAUUGGAACUCAGCUCUAUUUAUUAUUCUUAAUGGAACAAAGGAAGAGCACUUAGAUAUGCUGGAUGGUGGCAUCAUUCAGCGAUUACUUGAGGAAAAAUGGAAAACCUUUGCUCGAUUGCAGUUUUUGAAGCGACUUAUCAUCCUUGUCUUUCAUCUGGCUUCCUUGUCUUUAGCUGUUUACUUUCGACCUGCAGAAAUUGAUAACGAGCUUACAAAAUGGCCUGAGGAAAUAACGGAUGUCGUUCGCGUCAUUGCUGAGUGUAUUACGAUCCUAGGUGUCUUAGGUUACAUAUUAUUACAGCUUGGCGGUGAAAUCGUUAAUAUUGGUUUCAUCUCAUUUUUGAAACAGUUGAGUCACGAGCCUGCUAAGUUUAUAUUUCUCCUUAGCAACCUCCUGAUUUUGGCUUGCAUUCCUUGUAGAUUAUCUGGUGACAGACAUGCGGAAGAUGCUAUUCUUGUUGUUGCUGUCCCUGGCUCUUGGUUUCUUCUCAUGUUUUUUGCUGGGGCAGUUCGACUUACUGGGCCCUUCGUCACAAUGGUUUAUAGUAUGAUAACGGGUGACAUGCUAACUUUCGGCAUAAUUUACAUGGUUGUCUUGUUUGGUUUCUCUCAGUCGUUUUACUUCCUUUAUAAGGGCUUUCCAGGAGUAAAAAUGACUCUCUAUCACUCCUACCACUCAACAUGGAUGGCAUUAUUUCAGAUAACUCUUGGCGAUUACAAUUACACAGAUUUAAGUAAUACGACCUAUCCAAAUCUCAGCAAAACAGUAUUUGCAAUUUUCAUGGUCCUUGUACCGAUUUUACUACUCAAUAUGUUGAUAGCGAUGAUGGGAAACACAUAUGCACAUGUAAUUGAGCAGAGUGAGAAAGAGUGGAUGAAGCAGUGGGCAAAAAUCGUGGUUUCACUAGAACGCGCUGUAUCCCAGAAGGACGCACACAAUUAUUUGCAAGAGUACAGCAUAAAAUUAGGCCCAGGGGACAACCCCAGCGAUCCCGCCUCUGAGCAGCGUGGUGUCAUGGUUAUUAAGAGUAAAUCUAAGACCCGGGCUAAACAACGCAAGGGGGCCGUCUCUAAUUGGAAGAGAGUCGGAAAGGUAACGAUCGUCGAGUUAAAAAAGCGCGGUAUGACCGGAGAGGAGCUGCGUCGUAUUAUGUGGGGCCGUGCGUCUUUUUCCACGCCAAUCAGGUCUAGUCCAAUUCUGGAGCAACCAAUGCCAAGUGCGCCGAGCGACUUUGGUGACGUUCUUACCACUGCUCUCGACGUAAUGACAUUCGCGAUCGACGUAUCUACACACCCAGAGAACUUAUCGAAGUUACCUCAGCAGACAGCAGCCGAAAUGAGACUCUCAACAACAAACAUUGCAGCUUCAAAGACAACCGAAAAAGUGGAUGAUAGAGGGCUACCUCCCUUAGACUCAAUUAAUAGGUCAACUGCAUCAGUUGCAGCCGCAACGGCGCCCUUAGUGAAGUCAGCAAUCGUCUCGCCUCCCUUUCCGUCAACAAUUUCACUCACCAACGAUCCUCUGCUCGAUCUCAUGAUGGCGACAGAGGAUUCAGUUUAUGACGAAGAAACCUUGCUGCGACUCACUCGCUCAGUCCGGCUCGUGGGAGAAGCCGCCCCUGCCACCUACGCCAAAACUGAUAUCGAUCCGACCUUUCUUGAAAGGUUGGCGCUGGGAAACCUCGAAUUCGAUGCAUCAGCCGAGCUGAUGGCACAGAUUCCGAAGCCUCUUAAACAUCAGUACCUUAUUGAGUCCAGCGACAAUGAUGUUUGUGCAAACGAGAAUCAGUUAGGCAUCGACGCUCGAUUGCAACGCAUCAGGUCGGCCAAUAGCCGACUAGCUCCGGCCUCAAGCCGAAAGUCCUGUCACAGAGAUGUUGCAAUAUUCGAGAACAGCCUAAGUUCAUCGUCUACAACCUCCCUUGAAAACGCUUCCAGUAUUCGAUUGCUCGACAGCAAAUCAGAAGUCGCUAUUUUUUUCACUGAUAACAGCGCUGGUCGACACUUUCCGGUCGUCGAAGUAGAAAACAGCAAAAUGACUAAUAGUUGCAAGGGUCAACGAAAAAAAAUAAGAACUGCCAGAAAUCGAAUAUCCCCAAAAGAAAUACACGAUGUUUUGUUAAAUGUUAAGUCAAUGGAGAAAAAUAAGACAGUUUCUUUAGGAUCGACGAUACAUGCCAACGACGAUCCACUGGAGCCUUGGAGCACCUGUAAUAUCAAGGAUAUGAAUGCUAUACUUGCAUGGAAGGAUCCUGAUCCACAUAGUCCUUAAUUUUAUUUUACAAUUAUAAUGUUGACUAAUACAACGUAUGAAGAAUACAGCAUUACACAAUUCAUUUGUACUGUA